ACUAACCCUUUCUAUAAUUAGCAAAGUUUAGAGAGUCUUGAUGUCUGAUUAUUCUUUUGCUCUGUCAAAAUGUGCAUAAACAAGAGUGCAAUACAUAAACACGAAGCGAAGAAACCAUUUUUCUGUUUUUGACUGUCAGAUUCUACAUAAACAAGAAUGCAAAACAAACACACAAGAAUGAGAUCACCUAUCUGUUUCUGAUCAUCUUUUCGGUUGAGCGUAUACUUUUAGACGAGGAACAUAGGGGACGAGGACUUAUUUUUUGGGACAAUGGGGGGCGGUGGAGAUACCUCAGGGAAAUGUUACAAGCCUAUGGCUGCCACAUCUAACGGAGCGUUCCAAGAUGAGAAUCCACUUGAUUACGCUCUUCCCCUUGCAAUUCUGCAGAUAUGUCUGGUAGUCAUAUUUACGAGGGUGCUUGCUGUGAUGUUAAGGCCUCUCAGACAACCUAGAGUCGUCGCAGAGAUUAUUGGAGGUAUACUACUUGGUCCAUCUGCAGCAGGGAGAAGCGAAAAAUUUCUAGACAGAGUUUUCCCGAAAAAGAGCUUAACAGUUCUAGACACUCUAGCCAACUUAGGCCUCCUAUUCUUCCUGUUUCUUGUUGGCCUUGAGCUUGACAUGCGUCAAGUUCGUCGAACAGGCAGCAAGGCCUUGGCCAUUGCCAUGGCAGGGAUAGGCCUCCCUUUUGUCAUCGGCAUUGGUACCUCAUUCAUUCUACGUUCCAACAUAUCUGAAGGAGCCAAACAUGCUCCUUUUCUUGUCUUCAUAGGGGUGUCUUUGUCAAUCACAGCCUUUCCUGUUCUUGCUCGAAUUUUAGCUGAGCUAAAAUUGUUGACAACUGAUGUCGGACGGAUUGCAAUGUCAGCUGCAGCAGUUAAUGAUGUUGCUGCCUGGAUUCUGCUGGCAUUGGCUAUAGCAUUGUCUGGAGAUGGAUCUCCUAUAAUAGCUCUUUGGGUUUUGCUCUGUGGCGUUGCAUUCGUGGUGGGCGCGUUUGUGAUCUUAACGCCUUUCUUUAGUUUCAUUUGUCGUCGAAGUUUGGAGGGGGAGCCAGUGAAGGAGUUGUAUAUAUGCAUGACAUUGGUGGUAGUUUUGGCCUGUAGCUUUGCGACAGAUACCAUAGGAAUUCAUGCAUUAUUUGGGGCUUUCGUGGUUGGAAUUGUGGUCCCGAAAGAUGGUCCUUUUGCAGGGGUUCUGAUAGAGAAGAUUGAGGACAUUGUAGCCAGCCUUCUGCUUCCACUGUAUUUCGUGUCAAGUGGCUUGAAAACAAAUGUGGCGACGAUAAGUGGAGGAACGUCAUGGGCGAUGCUAGUCCUUGUUAUCUUUACUGCUUGUUUCGGCAAGAUUGUUGGGACAGUAGCAGUGUCACUUGCCUUCAAGGUGCCCUUUCGCGAGGCCCUUGCAGUCGGAUUCCUCAUGAACACAAAGGGAUUGGUUGAGUUGAUUGUUCUCAACAUUGGAAAGGAUCGAAAGGUGCUGAAUGAUGAAACAUUUGCAGUUUUAGUCCUUAUGGCCCUGUUUACUACCUUCAUAACGACUCCGAUUGUGAUGGCUGUGUAUCAUCCAGCUAGAAAGAUAGCACCAUACAAGGACAGGACCAUUCAAAGGAAGAAUCUUGACACAGAACUCCGCGUGUUAACCUGCUUCCACAGUAGCCGGAACAUUCCCACUAUCAUAAAUCUGAUUGAGUCUUCUCGCGGGACUAGGCGUAAGGGGCGUCUUUGUGUAUAUGCUAUGCACCUAAUGGAAUUAUCAGAACGGUCCUCAGCCAUCUCAAUGGUCCAUAAGGCAAGAAAUAAUGGUCUUCCCACCUGGAACAAGAAGGCUGAUGAAAAAGAUACAAUGGUCAUUGCCUUUGAGACCUACCGCCAACUCAGCAGUGUCGUUGUCCGCCCUAUGACAGCCAUUUCAGAACUUUACAACAUUGAUGAGGACAUCUGCGCAAGUGCUUCACAGAAGCGGGCUGCAAUGAUUAUACUCCCAUUCCAUAAACACCAACGUGUCGAUGGUGUGAUGGAGUCGCUAGGCCACUCGUUACAUCAAGUAAAUCAAAGAGUCCUUCGUCGUGCUCCUUGUUCAGUUGGCAUUUUAGUUGACAGAGGAUUAGGAGGCACAACUCAAGUCACAGCUAGUGAUAUCUCCUUCACAAUUGGGGUACCAUUUUUCGGGGGUAAAGAUGAUAAUGAGGCACUUGCUUAUGGUGCAAGGAUGGCUGAGCAUCCGGGGAUUUCACUCACAAUUGUAAGGUUUGUGACUUCACCAGAAACAACAAUGAGGAAAGUCUGUGGAUUAGACGAUGGCGGGUCUAAGCAUCCAACUCCAAAAUCUGACAGCAACACUAUUGAGAGCACUGAUGAUCUCCUCUCUGAGGUCAAAACCAGGAACGCGGCUACUGUGUAUGAAGAGAAGAUGGUAGCAAGUAAAGAAGAUAUAAUCACCGCUUUAAAAGAUAUGAACACGUACAAUUUGUUGCUAGUCGGAAGACUCCCACUAGAUCUACCUAAUAAGUUAGUCAAAUCCAGUGACUGUCCAGAACUUGGACCAAUUGGGAGCUUCAUGGCUUCUCCUGGAUUUUCCUCCACCACCACCUCAGUGCUGGUAGUUCAGCAAUAUGAUCAAUUUACAACGCCUCAACUUGUGGCUGAGGACGAUGGUCAAUUGCCUGAGAUGCCAGAUACACCAGUCUAAUAUCCUACUCGGAGGAUGUUAAAUAAUUGAACAUCUCAUUCAACUAUGUUAGAACCCUCGCGCUUCCUGCUUUCUCACUCACACUUCUAGUAUAAAUUGGCUACUGCUCGUGAUACAAAAUUUGUCAGGGAACCUAGUCGAUGGAGGUAUACAGGACUAACUGGAUUCAGAGGCUCCGCGACCUAGGUGUAAAAAAUAGAAAUAACAAGACAUCCAACCACUUCAGCCACAUUUUCACAAUUCAUUACUCAUAACCCUGACAAACUUGUACAAUGAACAAUGUAUGUAUGAAAUAAAGCACUCUUGUAUGAAAUCACACGGUUACAUCUAUGAAGAGAUUAUCAAUAAACAUCUGUCUGCAACUGAUAUAUGGCCAUUUUACAUACCUUCAA